AUGAAGCCUUGGAUCCUCGCCUUCCUAGCCCUGACGGCCUGCGCCGUGGCCCAAGAGACCGAGACACCGGGCCCUUCUCCUACUGAAUCUGUUGGCUGUGAGCCGCACGGUGACCACUGGCACUGCGACGCACCCGCAACAUCCACAGAAGCCGUCUCCGAAGACUCCACCUCCGAAACGCUCGCCCCCAGCCCAACCGAGUCCAUCGGCUGCGAACCCCACGGCGACCACUGGCACUGCGAUGCCUCCGCCACAACGACCGAGACCGAGACAGACGCCAGCACGACUGCCGACGCCUCAACCUCUGAGUCUGCUACACUUCCGCCAAGCCCAACUGAGUCCGUUGGCUGUGAGCCGCACGAAGACCAUUGGCACUGUGAUGGCCCGGCGGAGACGGAGAGCGCGAGCAGCGAUAGCGGUAACUCCACGGCGACUCCGACUGAGGAAGCUGGCGCUGAAGAGACCGAUGAAGACGGUGGAGCGGGCAUGGUGGGUGUGAAGAUUACGGGUGUGCUUGCCAUGGCUAUUGGUGCUGCCGCUGUGCUGCUGUAG